AUGGCCUUAACAUCAUGGAAGAGCUUCCGCUUCUUCGAUGUCUCCGCUGUUCGACUCCCGACUGGCGAUGGCUCGAUACCGCUUGACCAAGGUAAUGUAAGCGCGAUAGCCGCCGGCGCGAAUGAUAUCCUAGUCGGCACACCAGGUGGCGUUGUCCACCUACUUGACAAGUCCUUCAAGUUAUCCCGAUCAUGGAAAGCCCACGACGCAGGCAGUGUCACGCACGUGAAGCAGAUAAACGACACAUCCUAUCUACUCACACUCGCUGAAGACCUGUCACAUGAACCCGAACUACGCGUGUGGAGCCUCGAGCAGACUGAGAAGAAGACUGGUUACCCGAAGUGCCUCUCUUCAAUUACCGUGCAGAAUGGCAGGAAGAGCUUCCCUGUCACCGGCUUCGCGGUUACUGGCGAUGUCGCUCAGCUAGCUGUAGGCUUCGCUAAUGGUGCGGUGACGAUUGUGCGAGGCGACUUCAUCCAUGAUCGAGGCACGAAGCAAAGGACUGUCUUCGAGUCGCAGGAGCCUAUCACUGGCCUUGAAUUCCGAGAAGCUGCCUCUACUGCUCUAUACAUCGCCACGACUUCUCAUAUCCGAUCACUGCCCAUUUCUGGCAAGGCGCAAGGUACUCCUGCUCGCACACUCGACGAACAUGGCUGUGGUGUUGGCUGCAUGACCAUGGAUCCGCAACGGAACGAGAUCAUUGUGGCGAGGGAUGACGCUAUCUACACAUAUGAUGGCCGUGGGAAGCCGGUGGCGCAUGCUUACGAGGGCUCGAAGAAGCUCGUUGGUGUGAGUAAAGAUUACGUUCUCGUCGUCUCACCACCGAAGAGCAACUCUGCUGCUUCUGCAAUGUUGCGCACUUUCGGCGGAGCUCAGGCUGAGGACAUACUCAACUCAAGCACGCUGACGAUCCUCAAUACCGACUUCAGGUUUAUCGCGCACUCAGAGUCUAUAUCGAACCAGGUCAACAGCAUCGUCAGUAUUUGGGGCGACAUCUUUCUGCUCACUAUAGAUGGCAAGCUGUAUCGGUAUCAUGAGAAGACGUUUCAGCAGAAGCUCGAGGUACUGUACCGACUCAAUUUGUAUCGGCUGGCGAUCAGCUUAGCGCAGAAGUCUCAGGUGGAUGCCGUCCAGCAAAAUGUCAUCUUCAGGCGUUUUGGAGACUACCUGUAUCAGAAAGGCGACUACGAUACUGCGAUGCAACAGUACUUACGAGCUAUCGAGAACACGGAGCCGUCACAGAUUAUUCGCAAGUUCUUGGACAAUCAGCACUUGCGGAACCUGAUUGAGUACCUGGAAGCGCUGCACGAGGAAGGCAAAGCUACCUCGGAUCACACUACGCUUCUACUCAACUGCUAUGCAAAGCUCAAGGAUGUUGAUAAGCUUGAAGCGUUCAUCAAGCAGCCCGGAGAGCUGAAGUUCGACCUCGACACUGCGAUUAUCAUGUGUCGGCAAGGGGGCUAUUACGACCAGGCUGCAUUCCUCGCACGAAGACACAAUGAGCAUGGCCUGGUUGUUGAUAUCUUGAUCGAAGACUUGAAAAAAUAUGCGGAAGCUAUGGCAUACAUUGUCCGAUUGGAUCCGAAGGAUGCAUAUCAGAACUUUGUGAAGUAUGGCACUGUUCUGCUGGGGCACUGCCCGAUCGAGGCGACGCAUCUGUUCAUUGACUACUUUACUGGCCAAUAUCGGCCGAAGAAAGACGUGGUCAUUGAGCAAGAAGCGCCUCCAGAGCAAGAGAGCAGUACAGGCUUCACUAAUGUCGCACGAUCUGCCGUGCAAAAUCUGGCAGCUUUGAUCCCUCUGCCAAGCAUGAGUAUGUCUACAGCACAGACCAAUGGAACGAGCGGAAAUGUCACUCAAACACAGGUCGUGGAGACGACACAGCCUGGCGAAUACAUUGAGUAUGAGGUGCCGAAGCCUCGAGUCGCCUUCUCCUCAUUCGUAGACCAUCCGGAUGAGUUUGUGACAUUCCUGGAAGCUUUGAUCGACAGCGAAGACCUGCAAGAUGACCGCAAGACCGAUUUGUACACGACGUUGUUCGAGAUCUACUUGCAUCAAGCCAGCAACACCCGAGCAGAGGAGAAGACAGAGUGGGAGCGCAAGGCACGACAAUUGAUCGAGUCGAAGAGUGUACCCAUCGACACGUCGAAUGUGCUACUAUUAUCUGAUCUCGAGAAGUUCAGGGAUGGUACAGUCCUGGUUAGUGAGAGACAAGGACUGCGCUUUGACGUCUUCCGCUCGUACACUGCCGCGCGAGAUACCCGAGGCGCUAUUCGAGCACUACAUAAGUAUGGUCCAGAAGAGCCGCAGCUGUAUCCUGCUGCGCUAGCCUACCUGACCAGCUCGCCACAGAUACUCGAUGAGGCUGGCAGCGAAGUCGAGGCGGUACUCAAGAAGAUUGACGAAGAUGGUUUGAUGGCGCCGCUGCAGGUCAUACAAACUCUUAGCACGAACGCGGUCGCUACAAUGGGUCUGGUGAAGAAGUAUCUCUCCUCUACUGUGCAGCGGGAGAGAGAGGAAAUCGCCGCGAACAACCGACUCAUCUCUUCUUAUCGCAAAGAUACGGAGCAGAAGAUGCAGGAGAUCGAUGAACUGGCCAACAAGCCAACGUCUUUUAGCGCUACACGUUGCUCUUCUUGUGGUGGUACGCUGGAUUUGCCGACUGUCCACUUCAUGUGCAAGCAUAGCUUUCAUCAGCGGUGCCUGGGUGUGGCGGAUGGGCAGAGCGUGGAUGAUGUGGAGUGCUCUGUUUGCUCACCGCAGAUUCAGACUGUGAGGCAGAUCAGACGAGCGCAGGAGGAGAGUGCGGGGCGGCAUGAGUUGUUCCAAGAUGCGUUGCAGAGGAGCGGGGAUAAGUUUGGUACGGUUAGUGAUUGGUUUGGACGGGGUGUUAUGGGUGUGCAGGGGGUUGUCGAGUAG